CUUUGAAGAGACAAAUGGCACUAGUGAUAUUGAGAUUAAUUUUGUCGACGGGUUUCAUACGUAUUCACCCAUGUUUGACGGUGCUGGUGGCACGGUGGCGAAGGCAAUGUUCGACUUAACUGGCCAAGGCGGAGAAUGUGGAACUAUAUACAUCGAUGAAGGAGAAUUGUGGACAAAACAAUCGCCCAGAGGCUUGGACCUGUAUACAGUGAUGGUGCAUGAAAUUGGACAUUUGAUUGGUCUCACUCACUCUGCUGACCCCGACAGCAUCAUGUGGCCAUGGUUCGACACAAAGACUACGCUAGAAGACUUGAAGGCAAGACGGAGGCAAAAGUUGGACGUCGUAAUCGAUUCAGAUAGAAGGCAUCCCGCUGCGUCUGUUAAGCAAAUGGCCGCCCGUCAGCACACAGCAUCAGCACAACGAGAUGAGGUUGCCGCCCAGCCCGAAAAUGAUGUUCAAAACACUGAGUCUCAUAAAUGGACAGAAAAUAAUAGUGUCCUUCAAACAAACAUCCUGAAUGUUGGGCGUGGACCAGAACUUUUGAAUGGAGUCACCGUCUGCCCGUCUGCCAUCGAUGCCAUAACCGUUGCUGCCAAUGGAAAAACGUAUGCAUUCAAAGAUGGAAAUGUCUAUAUGCUAAAUAAAUCUACGUUUGGAAUUGAAGACGGUUUCCCAAGUCCAAUCGCAAGUGUAUUUGGCGACAAUGCUCCUGGUCGUGUAGACGCGGCAGUGACUUUAUACUAUUACGGAGUUCCAUUCACAUACUUAUUUCAGGAUCGCCAAUACUGGCGGUACAGAGAAGGCUUUCAUGGUGAAAUAUAUGCUGACAAGGGAUACCCACGUUCUAUAGUACAAGGCUGGGCAUUGCAUAUACCCCAUUUAGACGCUGUGGUGGAAUGGGAACGAAAGUCAUUUCUUCUUUUCUUUCAAGGUGACAACAUUUAUGGCCAUGACGGCAAGGAUCCCAUCGAAAAAGGAAAGCCAAGACACAUGAACGAUUUUCCUCAGUUUCGUGCACUUCCAAAACAAAGACUUCGAGCUGCCAUGAGGUGGGACAACCACAGGACAUAUUUCUUCUAUGAAGAUAAAUAUUACGUUUGGUCAAGGGCCGUAUACGGACAAGCUAGAAUGGCGGGCCCUUUCAGUAUUGAAUAUGACUUUUUUAACUGCCAAGUCCCUCUUAUCGGAUCUGGAGCAAUUAAUUGA